CACUUCAUUUCAUGCCUUGGAUUUAAGCAACCACGGAUUCUUGCUCCAUAUGAGGAAGAAAAUCUUGAAAGCACCUUGUCUCCUCUUGAGUCUGUUCACAAGUUUAAAUCUCUGCUCUGGAAAAUUUGGGACGCCGAUUACUGACGAUGUGAGCAAGCUGUCAUUAUUGAAGCAGAAUAUCCCCUCUGAUUAUGAGAUUCCUGUUAGUUACAUUCCCAAAGAAGUGGCUGGCACGUGCUGGGUCGUGUUGAACAUCUAUCCUUUGGAGCAGAGUCUAAGGAAGCUAGCCAACAUGUUUGGCACCAUUUCCUCCAACAAAGAAAACGUAGUCGUCUUCAUUGCGAUGCUGAAGAGUUUACGCUUCACCUUUGACCAUGAGGAGCUCGAAACUGCGAUGCAACUCUUCCAGUGUCACUAUCAGGAAGGGAGCUUGACGUCGGGCCUUUACUUUGACUACAUCAAAGACGUCUUACAUGCGGCCUCUAAAGGAACAUCCGGUUUCUCGUGCAAGCCACCACCAUGCCUUAAUUCACAACAAAAACCAGGUGGUCAGCGGGAGGGUCGUAAGUACAGCUGGUCCAACAGAUAUCCACUGCUUCUGGCUCUCAUCCCCUUCACAGCUUGUGUUGUCAUCAUAGUGUGGCUGGUCAAGUCUAGGAAGCUUUUACCAGUUUGCAACACUGAAAAUAGCCAAAUGGCCCCUUCUGACACGCUCUCAACUGUGUCUAUCUCCAUCCCACUUCAAACACUCACCCACGCCGCUGACACUCAGCCAGUGGGGGAGGCGAUCCCUGAACAUGAGAGCGGAUGAAGCAUGAUUAAUAGAAAAGGGAAAUCUGCAACACAGAAUAACAACUCACUCUCCAGGUUCUUCUGUUAGUGCCAGGAGCCUUCUGGAUAAACAAAUGUUUUUUCUGACACUGCUUAUACUCAUCUGAGUGCACGGACUACGAGAGACGACUCACCUGCUGUGAAAGCAGGUGUGUCACAAAAUAUUCCCCAAGCACUUCUGGCACUUAACUAUCCAAAGAGGUUUUUGGGACCAGUGGAAGAACGCCCUACACACUGGCUGGCUGUGAUCCAAAAUGGCUGGUGAAGUACAUUAGUUGUCUUGUCUUGGCCAGUGUUUAACAGCCUGAGUUUUUUUUUAUUUAUUACUGCCUCAUGUCAAUUCAGGGUGUUGCCAUGCUCCAGUUUUGAGCUAUCCGCGGAGGCUUGAAUCAAACAUGAUAUCACUUUGUUUGGCAGAAGUCUUUACCUGUUGAGAUGGGACUCCUGUCAUCAAUUUGUUUGCUGUUAGUUUCCGAGACUCACUGCUGUAGAGUAAACAGUCAACACACUGAAUCCCACCUGCUCUACGUCUACUGAAAACAUAUUGGGGGGUACAUGAUGCACAUUCCUAUCAAUACUGCUUUUCGGUAAAGCAUCAGAGGUAAAAAGGGGAAUCAAAGAGCAGCUUGUCUUGUUGACUUGUUGACUUUAUUCCGAUCGGUCAAAUUACAAACCUGCUAUAGUCACGAACAACAGGCCGAGCACUUUGACAAGUGCUCUGCUUUGUGUAUCUGACCAGAUGGCAGAUAGCCAUCGCCAGAGGCUCUUUGAAUCCCUUCAUUGUAUUUCAAAGCUGUUGCCCAGUGAUCUAUCGCUGCUGCCCGGGCACAGUCAGUGUGUUUUUAAAGCCUUAUUCACUGAGUCAAUCAUGUUCAGUCAUGAGAACAUGACUUACCCGAG